AUGGCUUUGAGCCUUGUUGCUGGUUGUAAUGUGUUCCAUGGAAAUGCCAGGAAUACUUUCAUUGGAGUUUUAUGUGCAGUUGCUACUAUCGGCAUGUAUGCAUUCCCCUCUUUCUGUCAUGAUAACAGUAAUAAGGACGAAGAGUGUGGAAUAUAUGCCAUUUCUCCUCUCAUUUUUCCUGCUACUGAAUGCUGGGGCUUGGUGCCAAAUGUGAUUGGACUAGCCUCAGGGUCAACACAGCUCAUCAUCUACAUUAUCUAUAAGAACAAACCUUCACCAGUGAGCUCAGUAGAAAUGGUUGAUUAUAGUGUAGAUAUUCACUCAGUUAAGGCAGGCGAGGAAUGUAGCAUCGCAGUGCAUAGCACAAAAGAAUCGAAAAGCAAAAGCAUAUCGGAGCCAGCAUUAUCAAAGCGUUCCAGCUUUCACCAAAUAAUGAGAACUCUCUCAUCGACUCAAUCUGCUGUUCGAGCUCGAUUCUGA